CACGUGAUCUCGCCGGGGCCCGGUGCGGAUCACGUGAUCGCGGUGUAGAGGCGGAGCCCGGAGGGUGAGGAGUCAGUGGGGCGAAUAGAGAAUCAGGGUAUGUCUUCAUUGGAGGCACCUCCACCCUCCAUCCCCUCGAAGACCAGUAAGAUGAUGGAGACCCCAAUUACAUAUGAGGCAGUGGUUCCUCACUGGUUCUACCAGAUACAAGACACCAGGGGGUCCUGGAACCCAUUCAGCAAAGAAGAUUCUGACAAACUGGAGGAGGCAUUUAGUUCUGGACAAAACCCAAACAGUAUUGUGAUCCCAGUGUGUGGAGGACGAUAUGACGUGUAUCUGGGGAGCCGUCGGAGGCUAUCUAUCUACUGGGAUGAGGAGGAUUCUUUGGUGCAGAGGUGCACCUGGUUUUUCAAAGGCGAUAAAGACAGCAAAUAUAUUCCUUAUCCAGAGAACUUCAGUGAGACCCUAGAGAUUGCCUACAUGGAAGCAGUGGUCCUGAACGAAUGGAAGAAGAGAUUGGAAUCUCCAUCCAGAGACCUUAUUAUUCUACAUAACCCCAAGCUUAUGGUGCACUACCAGCCAUCAGGAGCCAUGGAUGAUUGGGGAGCCACACCAAGUGAACAAGGCCGACCCCGGACAGUGAAGAGAGGCGUGGAAAACAUUGCUGUAGAAAUUCCUCAAGGUGAGCCAGCCCAGAUCGAUCACCUAGUGUUUAUGGUCCAUGGUAUAGGACCGGCUUGUGAUCUGCAAUUUCGAAGUAUUGUACAAUGUGUGAAUGACUUCCGGCUUGUUUCUCUCAAUUUGAUGCAUGCUCACUUUAAGAAGGCCCAGGAGCAAGGGCAGAUUGGCCGAGUGGAAUUCUUCCCUGUAAAUUGGCACAGUGCUCUCCACGCUGAUGCCACUGGUGUAGACAGCGACAUCCAAAGAAUUACACUUCCCAGCAUCGGACGUCUCCGUCAGUUCACUAAUGAGACGCUCUUAGACCUGUUCUUUUAUAACAGUCCAACAUAUUGCCAAACCAUUGUCAAUACAGUGUGUGGAGAGAUGAAUCGCAUAUAUCGACUUUUUCUGGAACGGAAUCGGGGUUUCAAGGGACAGGUUUCGGUAACUGGACACAGCCUUGGAUCACUCAUACUAUUUGAUAUGCUAACUAACCAGAAUGAUCCCUCCCUCAGAAAUGACCAGGGAGUAAAGGCAUCAGAACUCCGAGCGGAGACACAGAUGAGGAGGCAAACACUGAGGGACGUGCUGCAGGAACUGGACCUGACUGAACUCCUCAGUAUGUUUGAGAAAGAAAUGAUGGAUACAGAAGCUCUGUCAAUGUGCACAGAGCAAGACCUGAAAGAUCUGGGUAUACCACUUGGACCAAGGAAGAAAAUACUUCACCACAUGCAACACAGAGAACAGAAGAAGGACUGUGAUUGCCCAACUCAGGACACCACACCAACUUCUGAUGUUGGCCAGCCCCCGCUCAGCUCAGGAAGCACUGUUAAUAUGGUGAAUUAUGAAUACUUCGAUGUUGGAAUUGGACAGGUCAAAAUUAAUUACCCACAACUGAGUUUCCAUCCGGACAUUUUCUUUGCCUGGGGAUCCCCCAUUGGGAUGUUUCUGACUGUGCGGGGAUUGAAGAGGAUUGACCCCAAGUACCAAUUCCCCACAUGUAAACGGUUCUUUAAUAUUUAUCAUCCGUUUGAUCCAGUUGCAUACAGGAUGGAGCCAAUUGUUCUCAGGGAUGUGGAUUUUGAGCCAAUGCUGAUUCCCCAUCAUAAGGGUCGGAAGAGGAUGCAUUUAGAACUGAAGGAAGGACUCACGCGGAUGGGCACAGACAUCCUGGGUUCACUACGAGUAGCCUGGCAAACUUUCACCCGACCCCCUGUGCCUUCCUUGCCACCUCCCACCGCUGAGGCUGCAACACUAUCUGUUUCUGAACUCCCAUUGACCGUAGACAAAGCUGAGAGAUCAGAAGAAGCACCUGAGAAGGAAGAGCCUGUUCACAUUGACGUGGGGAUGUUGAAUGGGGGACAGCGCUUUGACUAUGUUCUUCAAGAGAAACCGAUUGAGAGCUUCAAUGAAUAUCUGUUUGCACUUCAGAGCCACCUGUGUUACUGGACAUCAGAAGACACAGCGUUACUUUUUCUUAAAGAGAUUUACCAGUCUAUGGAAAUCAGCAUGGACCAGCCACUGCAGUAAUAAAAGGACACAAGUCCAAUUGGCCUGAAAGGAGUUAAACAAGUGUCUGCAGGUACAUCUGGAUAAUGCAUAUUCCCCAUUGUGAAUCUACUGUUCGGAGGAGGCUUUGGACCAUUACCCCUGAAAAAUAUGGAUACACUGUUAUUGGCUAAACGCCGUCUCAGUUCUCUGCUGUCUACUGGAAUAUAUACCAACCUUUAGUAUUCAGGGUUCAUGUAAAUCUUUACCUUAUGGUUGUAUUUUGUCAUAUUUGCUAAAUGAUAAUUCCUUUUAAGGCCAAUCAGUGGAGCAGGGGCGAGUAACUUAAUGUGCUACUAAACCCAAAACAGUAAGAUCAGUCUGUAUAUGCAGUAAAGCUUGCUGUGGAACCUAAGGGGUUAAUCCUGUGCAUUGUGUAAAAAG